AUGUUUCUUCCGUCCGUCCUGCUAGGCGCCACCGCCCUUGGCGCGGGCGUCAGCGCCGUACUGAUCACCCCCGACAUGGAGCCCCAGGUAGAGGCUGUGGAGGAUGGCUUCCUGAAUGUGCAUCCUAUGGUCGCCCAAGAGACGCAGCACGCGUUGGUCGACUUGCCCUGCACCGAGUGCCUCUUCCGCCAGAUCGCAGACAACGGCGAACCCAGCUGGACUGAUGGCCACUCUUCAUCUCUGAUACUGGACUUUUCGAUUGAAGACAACUCUUUGCUGGCCAACGGUCGUCAGAUCUUCCCGCCCGUUCCGCCGAGCCCCAUCAUGGCCGCCCAGGAGCGUGACGAUGGCGAGAUGGGCGCCCCGGUCACAGUUGGAUACGCCCUCGAAGUGAUGCCGGUGGCCAGCACAUCCGACAAGGAGCCCUUUGAUCUUCUCGAUGUCCGUUUCACCAUCCUCGAUCUGGAAAUGCUCCCCGUCCCCCUCGACACAGUGGAGAUCGCCCUCAUCGUGGGCCCCGAUGGCAAUCUGUACAUCGCCCGAACUGAGAUCGAAAAGACCACCACUGAGCCCGAGCAGUUGUCCUGGAGGCAGUGCAACGGCAAUCCCAAGUGCCUGCAGGCACUUCUGGUUUCCCGUGUGCGGGGUCUGCUAGCGGCGGCGAAGGAGCGCGUCAUGGGCAUGGCCUCUGUCUCGAGCAUGACCGGUCCCAAGGAUUGCGCCAAAGGCAAGCACAUGAAGGGCAAGCACCACGGCCACAGCAAGGGCGACAAGGUGGGCCGUCCUCACCGCCACCACAUGCACCACCCUCACCACGGUGCCUUCUCUCGCACCUUCUCCCGGGUGGUUCACUUCAUCGUUGUGCCCGCCAUUCUGGGUGUCUUGGCCGGCUUGACUGCCAGUGCCGUCGGCAUGCUGGUCGGACAGGUCGUGGUCUUUGUCUGGCAGCGCUUCCGCGGAAACCAGUCCCAGGAGCACAGGGCUGCGUGGGAGCAGGGUGAAGCGUGCGAGAAGCAGGGUCUGAUGACCGAGGCCGCAGAAGAUGUGCUCCCCGAGUACACCGAGGCUGAGGCCCGGGGAUCCAUGGACAAGAAUUAA